AUGGUCUACAGAGAGGUGCUCAUUGCAUUGAGUUGUUUCGAAGACAUGGUCAAAAUGUCAGAGGAGAGUGGGCUGUCCUCUAAAGAAGACCAAGGGAAGUACAUGGAGAAAUUUCAGGGGGAAAAUGUGAUAACGACUGGCUCCGAUCAUCGGCUUUUGCGUUCGGUGAUCCUCUUCGAUGCCAAGAAAGAACGUCGAGUUCUGCAUUCGCAAAAAACACUCGUACGACAAACUUUCAAUGCCGAUAUGUAUGCUGCGAUGAUAGAGUCGUCAGAUCUACACAUGAAUAUGGGAAGCAGUAUCGAUGCCGACUAUGAAGAUCUAGUGGGAAAAAUAACUCAGGCCGUGAAAGCAUCGAGCAUAGCAAUAGAGCCCGCAAGGCGACGACGUAUAUCGACAGAAGCACUGCAGAUGAUGAAGAAAUGA